UCGUGCUUUGAACAUACUCUGAUCUGCAGUACCUGGGGAUGCUUGCAUAUCAAUAUGAGUAUGAUGGCCCUGUUGUCAUUGAAAAAAGAUAUAGGGCUUAUGGCGGGUGUGACCUGUCAAUAGUGGAUGCUCACUCCUCCUAGGCACCUGAUUUCAUCUCUGGUAUAUCCAGGGGUCCGUGUUUGCCCAUCUCUAUUUUGUAUUCCAUAUAGAAGUUAUGAGAUUGAUCACUGUUUGUUAUAUUCGCCUUUCCUUACGUGUAUAGAUUCUCAUUCUUAGUAUAACCAAGAAAAGUAUCACCCUGAAAUGACCAUGAUCAAACAAAUAACAGAUAAUUAUACCGUGUUUGAACUUUUACUGUCUGUAAAAAUUGAUACAUCACUAUGCAUUUAAAAUUCUCAUAACAAAUCAGGAAAAAGGAAAACAGUUUUCAAUGUCACAAGAUGACACUUAGCAUUUUCCUAGCCCAGAUAUUUAUUGAAAUAGAUAUCAUAGUGUACGUAAAUACCUCUGUAGUUAUCUAGCUUUAUCUACUGCGCAGCAUGAAAACGAAACACCCAACAUAUUUUGAAGUAGUUUUAUCUGCCAAUUUUAUGACGUUAAGAUCAGAAGAUGCAGAGAACGUUGGAAACAAAAACAUGAGUAUUACUCCAGCUAUCUUGAAAUUUACUGAAGUUUCCGACGUUUAGAAAGCCUGUAGCGUUUUCUAAUGUGAAAAUGAAUUUUACAGGUUAUAUUUUCAUCUACUGUUUAGUUGUAACAAUAGUAUUCGGGAAAGUGAUACCAAACGUGAAUAGCAUGAGCAGUUUGACAGAAAAUUCAUUUCAAAAGGAUAAAUUACUUAAAGAUGCCCUCGAUCAGCUAUAUAAAGAGACAAUGAUUCGGCUUGAAAUAGAAAAAAAAAUACGAAUCUUGGAGAGCGAAGUUUUGAAGCUUAAAGCAGAUGAUAGGAAGAUAUAUGUGAACCAAGCCGAUGGAAAAAACGAAUCGCAAGCAAUAGCCAUGCCAAGUUCCGGAUUUUAUGCAUACGGGUCACGUGACCUUGCCAACCCUGGUGGGGAUCACACAAUUGUUUAUGACGUGGUAAAAUCAAAUUUUGACAACGCAUACAACCAGUACACGGUUUUAUCAGCCAUGGUCAUCGAUGGAAAGUCAAUAACAAUUAAAAAUGCUACUAUGAAAGGCAUAUUAACCGAGAGAUUUUCAAAAGAGAAACUACAGAAAGAUGUUUUGCAUCAGCUCUAUCAGGAAACAAUGCUUCGGUUUCAGAUAGAGAAAAAGGUAGAAAGUCUCAAACAGAGAGUGUCAAAAUUGGAAGGUAGAACUGAGAAAACAAAAGAUGAAGUUAAAAACAAAUUAAAGAAUGGGUACGGAUUCUAUGCCUAUGUUUCACGUGAUCUUGGUAAUCCUGGUGGCGGUCACACAAUGGUGUACGACAAGAUGAGGACGAAUUUUGAGAACGGAUACAACACACAUACAGGAAUUUUCACUGCCCCAAGAGCUGGCCUUUAUUCCUUCACUUGGGUAACACGUGUUGAGUGCAACAAUGCAUACACGAGCGAACUUCGGGUCAACAACGAAGUUGUGGGAAGCACGUAUGCGUAUUGUGGUUAUAAUACCGUAACAGGGAACGUGGUUGUUAAGGUCAACAAAGGCGAUAGUGUUUUCGUCCGCACUCUUUCAGGAAAAGGGAAUAUCAAAAGCAACCAGAAUGGGAGAUCCUCAUUUUCUGGAUUUCUGAUCAAAUGAAAUACAAGUUUUCAUGAUAAUAUCCUUUGUUAUAUAUCAAAAUCGUUUUAAAAAAGAUUAAAGUGUUGGUUGUUGAAUCAAAAUUACUUAUGUGAUGAAUAUAUAUGAAAUAAGGUAAGAGUAUUAAAGAUAUUGCACAAUC